AUGUCCACCGCCGGCAUCCACGGCUUCCGCUGGGGCCUCGCGAGCCUCACCUUCGCGGGCUCCUUCCUCUCCGCGCUCGGCUCCGGGUGCAUCCUCCUCUGCUACCUCGCGCUCCCCCUCAAGCGCCACUUCAGGCACGUCCUCAUUUUGAAUCUGGCGGUCGCGGACUUUGCGAACUCGGUGAAUAACGCGGCGUCGGGGGGACAGAUUAUCAUGCAUAGGAGGGAUCUCGUGCCCGGCCCCGGGUGCGUGCUGAAUGGCAUGAUCGGCCAGAUCACUGUCCAGGCAACCGACUGCGCCAUCCUCGCCAUCGCGCUCGUCACCGUCUACACCAUCACGCGCACCUCCUCCUCGCGCCUCAUCCAGGGCGAGUGGGAGUGGCCGCUCAUCCUGUCCGCCACCGCCGCCAUCUGGGCGCUCCCCCUCCUCACCGGCUUCCUCGCCCUCGGCAAGCACUCGUACGCCCCCGUCUCGGGCAACUGGUGCUGGCUCACCGCCGACCCCGUCUACCUCCGCUACGUCCUCACGCACGGCUGGCGCUACCUCUUCAUGGUCAUCGAGGAGGCUGGCGGUGCCGAUCGUGUCGAACCCCCCGUCGUCACGUCGCAGGGCGAGCAGCACACGCGCAGCAUACCGCUGACGCCGAUCACGUUCAGCGAGUUCAAGCAGGACGUGCAUAUCUCGCAGUCGGGCGGGCACGGCGACGGCGACGACGGCGACUACUCGGCGAAGCGCGUGACGAUCACGAUCGACGACGAUGCGCCGCCCGCCGCGCCCACGACCACGCUCUCGAAGGCGUCGAUGCCCAUGACGCACAUCAUGGCGCACCAGCGCACGCUCCCGCCCGCCGGCCCCAACACCCCCGGCGGCACGGACGGCGCAGGCAACUCGCGGCAGCGCGCGAUCCAGCGCGUGCUGCUGCUGAAUGCGUAUCCGCUGCUGUAUAUCCUGCUGUGGAUCCCCGGCCUCGCGCACCGCAUCGUCGAGGCGACCGGGCACAAGUCGCAGGUCACGCAGAUCAUGCAGGCGUCGACCCAGUUUGUGGGCCUCGCGAAUGCGCUGACGUACGGCUGGAACGAGCGCAUCGCAUCGCAGAUUAAGGAGAAGUUCAGGCGGCGCGCGUGA